CCUGAAUGAUAGUUCAUGAAUGAUUCCCGAGUGACUCAUCUCAACUCAAACCCGUCUCUGAACUAUUUGCGUCAUGACGUCAGGGGUAACGUGUCAGACAGUGCUGCUCGUAUUUCCGGGUUUCAGAAUAAAACGCCCAACAAACAGAAAAAAGUUAUUUCGCGGGUUUGUCGUGAAGUGUGGAGUUUUCCUCUGAGCUCAGUUACCUGUCUGGACCCACCUGAUCCUCCACACGUGAACCAGGUCCACCUUCAGCAGGUCCAGACAAAAAGCAGGAUGUCGACCACUUCUCAGAAACAUCGGGACUUUGUCGGCGAGCCAAUGGGAGACAAACCUGUGACGGCUCUGUCUGGGAUCGGAGAGACGCUAGGGAAGAAGCUGGAGGGUCAGGGCUUCGACAAGGCCUCCGUGGUCCUGGGUCAGUUCCUGCUCUUGAAGAAAGACCCUGAGAUGUUUGUGGAAUGGAUCAAAGAUGUCACAGGUGCUAACUCCCGUCAGGCUGGCUCCUGCGCUCAGUGCUUAAGAGAGUGGUGCGACUCCUUCCUCUGAGACUCCUCCUCCACAGAUAAGACUACGCCCCCUUCUGUUCUUCCACUGUGUGCCUGCGUUCUGCUGAGAGCUGAUAGUGUCAUGGCUCCUGCUGUUAACGAGCUUUGAGGUGAACUAUAUGCCUCUUACCUGUGAUGAUGUCACAGCUCUGUCAGGUGUUUCAUUGGUUGAAGUUUACAUGAAUAAAAGCUUUAAGUCCAGAGAGGA